CGCACUCACAUUCCUGUCUUAGAUUAUGAAUUAAUCAAAGUCACAAAUAAAUUUUUUGAUUGCAAUUAAUUUAGUUUUAUGUCAUUUUUGAGGGAGUUUUAUUUUUUGUUAUUGAUAUGUUUUUGGGAGUUAUGGCAUGGAGAAUUUUAGUUAUUUCAUUGUGUCUCAUUUGCGCUGAAGUUAGCGCAGACGGUAGAGAUAAAAAUACGUCUAACGCCCCAGAAACCACUGAACCGUACGAAACUUCAUUUGAUGAACAAACCAAUCCUAUCACAGAUGAUCCGGACAGUCUCGCAACCACGUCGAGCAAUUUUGACUACCCCCAGCUUCUAGACAACAGUGAAGCUCGGCUGGGCCAAUUCCCUUAUGUUGUUGCCAUCCUGUACAGCAACUACGGAAUAAAAUGUUCUGGGGCAUUGAUCACCUCCUUCCAUGUGUUAACAGCAGCUCGUUGCGUUGUGGUGGAUGAAACAGAUGUAAAUGGGCCGCAACCGAAGUUUGUAAUGGCUGGCGACAUAGAACGCGAUGAAACUAAAAAUGGAUAUCAAGAAUUGAAUGAUAUUUCGCUGUUUAUUCCACAUCCAAACUAUGUUGUUUAUCACGAUCUACAAUUCGAUAUUGGUUUGCUGAAGGUUCAAAUGGAAUUCAAGCAGAACUCUCUACUGCAUACGAUAAAUUUUGGAGGGUACUCGCCAUCGGACCUGUGGAGAGAGCAUACUAUGACAGCAGCAGGUUGGGGCCAAGCAUUACCGAAUUCAGACUGUCCAAUUCGCCUUCGUUACUCGCAUGUAAAAUUUUUAGAAAAGGAAAAUUGUGACUUCCUCGAUGCGGAUAAUAUAUUUUGCAGUACAGUAGAGUAUACAUGUCCCGGAGCGGUAGGAAGCCCAUUAGUAAUUGAAAACGAGUUGCAUGGAAUUUUUCUGGAAUCUCGAAUGAACAAACAUUUAAGAAUGAACGUAUCGAUAUUCCUGAGGGUCAGUAGUCAAAAAUAUUGGGUUUUCCAGGGAUUGGCGUACCACAAACAAUUUACAGGUUCAUUCCGAAGUUUGCGCACCAGUUUAGCAGGACGCACUGAGUUCGAUUAUUUAUUGACGAGCAUUUGGACAUUGCUGUUUUUAACCCAGAAGGAAUGAAUUAUUGAUAAAUAUGGACUGCAUUUAUCUAAUUUUAAUUUAAUAUAAAGUAGAAUUUUCUGGGUGCCCCCAGUCAUCAGAUACACUGCAAAUGACACUACCUUAAAUUUCACAAAUGACUAAUUUUCAAUUUUAAAUGAAUAAGAAUGAAGCAUUAAUAAAUUGUCACGUCCUCGCACAGUCAGUCAGAUGAUCAUGAAUAUCUAAGUGCGUAUUGUUAGUCCUAUUUUCAUAAAACCAUGAAAAUAUUCAAAAGUGUUUUAUAAAUUCACUUGUACGAAGGUUCAAAAACUAUUAUAACUCAAAGAUAAAAAUUUUACACUACUUGUAACUUAGUUAGAAAAAAUGAAAGACGCAAUGAAACUGUUACAUGAUACCCUAUAAUGCUCAUUUACAAAGUAGAACAUUAAAAUUAAACUUUCAGAAUUACCAUUGGUAAAAAAACAAAUGAAGCGGAGUAGAAUAAAAUAUAGCAAAUGUA